UCUCCGCCGCCGGCCUCCGCAGCGCCCCAGGUGGCCGCGGGCAGGGCGGCCGGGACGCGUUCGCUCCGCCUCCGCCGGCGCGGCCUCCGCCAGCCUCCCCGCCCGGCGCCCGGUCGAGCCUCCUCCUGCCCCCCGCCCGGCUGGCGAUGGACGCGGCCUCUCCCCGCUGCCGCCGGCAGCUGCGCGCGGGCCUGGCUGUGAACCGCAGGGCCUGAGGAGCCGCGCGCGCGCGCGCCGGGGGUGGUGGGGGGGUCGGGACCCCGCGCUGGCUGCCGCCGCUCGGGAGGACCUCUCGCUUCCUUGUCACCGGGUCCCCGCGGAGGAAGGGGAGGGACGAGCCGCGGCUUUUCCUGUGCCGCCUGCCUGGCUCGACCUGCGCGGCCCGCGGCUUCCUGGGAACUCGAAGGCCGCGGCCGGGCCUGGCUCUGCCCGCGGCCUGCUUUGGAGCGGGACCGGAGCUGCUUUGGGACGACGAGCCGGGGCAGAGAGGCAUUUUAAAGACCAUGGCGGACGUGGAUCCCGAUACGUUGCUGGAAUGGCUGCAGAUGGGACAGGGAGAUGAAAGGGACAUGCAGCUGAUAGCCCUGGAACAGCUCUGCAUGCUGCUUUUGAUGUCUGACAAUGUGGAUCGCUGUUUUGAAACAUGUCCCCCUCGUACUUUCCUACCAGCUCUCUGCAAGAUCUUUCUUGAUGAAAGUGCUCCAGACAAUGUGUUAGAGGUGACAGCCCGUGCCAUAACAUACUACCUGGAUGUGUCUGCAGAGUGCACCCGAAGGAUUGUAGGGGUGGAUGGAGCUAUCAAAGCACUUUGUAACCGUUUGGUGGUAGUUGAACUUAACAACAGGACCAGCAGAGAUUUAGCUGAACAAUGUGUAAAGGUGUUGGAACUGAUUUGCACUCGGGAGUCAGGAGCAGUCUUUGAGGCUGGGGGUUUGAACUGUGUUCUUACCUUCAUUCGUGACAGCGGACACCUGGUUCAUAAAGACACCUUACACUCUGCGAUGGCCGUGGUAUCAAGACUCUGUGGCAAAAUGGAGCCUCAAGAUUCUUCUUUAGAAAUUUGUGUAGAGUCUCUGUCUAGUUUACUAAAACAUGAAGACCAUCAGGUUUCGGAUGGAGCUCUGCGCUGUUUUGCAUCGCUAGCUGACCGGUUCACUCGUCGUGGAGUGGACCCAGCUCCACUGGCCAAGCACGGACUAACUGAAGAGCUUCUGUCACGAAUGGCAGCUGCAGGCGGCACUGUAUCAGGACCGUCUUCAGCGUGCAAACCGGGGCGCAGCACGGCAGGCGCCCCCUCCACAGCUGCAGACUCCAAGCUGAGUAACCAGGUGUCGACCAUUGUCAGUCUGCUCUCCACACUGUGCAGAGGCUCUCCACUAGUCACACACGAUCUUCUGAGGUCAGAGCUUCCAGAUUCGAUUGAAAGUGCAUUACAGGGUGAUGAACGAUGUGUGCUUGAUACCAUGCGUUUGGUUGACCUCCUCUUGGUGCUAUUAUUUGAAGGACGGAAGGCCUUGCCUAAGUCUAGUGCUGGAUCUACGGGCAGAAUCCCAGGACUACGGAGACUGGACAGUUCUGGGGAACGCUCCCAUCGGCAGCUUAUAGACUGUAUUCGAAGUAAAGAUACUGAUGCACUCAUAGAUGCAAUUGACACAGGAGCCUUUGAAGUCAAUUUUAUGGACGAUGUGGGUCAGACUCUGUUGAACUGGGCCUCUGCAUUUGGAACUCAGGAGAUGGUGGAAUUUCUUUGUGAGAGAGGUGCUGAUGUUAAUAGAGGCCAAAGGUCGUCAUCAUUACACUAUGCUGCAUGCUUUGGAAGACCUCAAGUAGCAAAGACUCUCUUACGGCAUGGUGCAAAUCCAGACCUAAGAGACGAAGAUGGGAAAACACCGUUGGAUAAAGCUCGAGAAAGAGGCCACAGUGAAGUAGUGGCCAUCCUCCAGUCUCCAGGUGAUUGGAUGUGCCCAGUUAAUAAAGGGGAUGACAAGAAAAAGAAAGACACAAACAAAGAUGAAGAAGAAUGUAAUGAACCCAAAGGAGAUCCAGAAAUGGCACCAAUAUACUUGAAGAGGUUAUUGCCUGUGUUUGCACAAACAUUUCAGCAAACUAUGUUGCCUUCAAUAAGGAAAGCCAGUCUCGCUCUAAUCCGGAAAAUGAUUCACUUCUGCUCUGAAGCACUGUUAAAGGAAGUCUGUGAUUCCGAUGGUGGUCACAAUCUGCCAACCACACUAGUGGAGAUCGCUGCGGCUGUCCUGGACCAGGAGGACGAUGACGACGGCCACUUGCUAGCGUUGCAGAUCAUACGGGAUUUGGUAGAUAAAGGUGGUGAUAUUUUUUUAGAUCAGCUAGCCAGACUUGGUGUAAUUAGCAAAGUAUCAGCUUUGGCAGGUCCUUCUUCUGAUGAUGAGAAUGAAGAGGAAUCGAAACCAGAAAAAGAAGAUGAACCACAGGAAGAUGCUAAGGAAUUGCAGCAAGGUAAACCGUACCAUUGGAGAGACUGGUCCAUAAUCAGGGGAAGGGACUGCUUAUAUAUUUGGAGUGAUGCUGCAGCCUUGGAAUUGUCGAAUGGCAGUAAUGGAUGGUUCAGAUUUAUCUUGGAUGGGAAACUUGCCACCAUGUAUUCAAGUGGUAGUCCUGAAGGUGGAUCGGAUAGUUCAGAAAGCAGAAGUGAAUUCUUAGAGAAGUUACAGAGAGCCCGAGGCCAAGUCAAGCCAUCGACUUCCAGUCAGCCUAUACUGUGCCCAGGACCCACUAAACUCACCGUAGGGAACUGGUCCUUAACGUGUUUGAAAGAAGGAGAAAUUGCUAUCCAUAACUCUGAUGGUCAGCAAGCUACAAUACUAAAAGAAGAUUUGCCUGGUUUUGUGUUUGAAUCUAAUAGAGGAACUAAACAUUCGUUUACUGCAGAGACGUCUCUGGGUUCAGAGUUUGUGACUGGAUGGACUGGCAAAAGAGGCAGGAAAUUAAAAUCCAAGCUGGAAAAAACAAAGCAAAAGGUACGAACUAUGGCUAGAGAUUUGUAUGAUGACCACUUUAAAGCCGUUGAAAGCAUGCCUCGGGGAGUAGUGGUAACCCUCAGAAAUAUAGCAACUCAGUUAGAGUCGUCUUGGGAACUUCAUACAAAUAGACAAUGUAUUGAAGGUGAAAACACUUGGCGAGAUUUAAUGAAGACAGCUUUAGAAAACCUAAUUGUACUUCUGAAGGAUGAGAACACAAUUUCACCAUAUGAAAUGUGUAGUAGUGGUUUAGUCCAAGCACUUCUUACUGUUUUAAACAAUAGCAUAGAUUUGGAUAUGAAGCAAGAUUGUAGUCAACUGGUAGAAAGAAUAAAUGUCUUCAAAACAGCCUUUAGUGAAAGUGAAGAUGAUGAAAGUAGACCAGCAGUUGCAUUAAUUCGAAAGUUAAUAGCUGUGCUAGAAUCAAUUGAACGACUACCUCUCCAUUUGUAUGAUACACCAGGAUCCACAUAUAACCUCCAGAUACUUACGAGAAGACUACGCUUUCGUCUGGAACGUGCACCUGGCGAGACUGCCCUGAUAGACCGGACUGGCAGAAUGCUGAAGAUGGAGCCCUUAGCCACAGUUGAGUCUCUGGAGCAGUACCUGCUGAAAAUGGUAGCAAAGCAGUGGUAUGAUUUUGACCGAUCCUCAUUUGUUUUUGUUCGAAAAUUAAGAGAAGGCCAAAAUUUUAUAUUUCGGCACCAGCAUGAUUUUGAUGAAAAUGGAAUCAUUUACUGGAUUGGGACAAAUGCAAAAACUGCGUAUGAAUGGGUAAAUCCUGCAGCUUAUGGACUUGUAGUAGUAACAUCAUCAGAAGGAAGAAACCUGCCAUAUGGUCGCUUGGAAGACAUACUGAGUCGUGAUAAUUCAGCUUUAAAUUGUCAUAGCAAUGAUGAUAAGAAUGCCUGGUUUGCCAUAGAUCUGGGUGUCUGGGUAAUACCAUCAGCAUACACCCUUCGUCAUGCUCGUGGCUAUGGAAGAUCUGCACUGAGAAAUUGGGUUUUCCAGGUAUCCAAAGAUGGACAGAACUGGACUUCUUUGUAUACCCAUGUUGAUGACUGCAGUCUCAAUGAACCAGGAUCAACUGCAACUUGGCCACUUGACCCAGCAAAGGAUGAAAAGCAGGGGUGGCGGCAUGUGAGGAUUAAACAGAUGGGGAAGAACGCUAGUGGACAGACACACUACCUCUCCCUCUCUGGGUUUGAGCUCUACGGCACUGUCAAUGGAGUGUGUGAAGACCAGCUAGGAAAAGCAGCUAAAGAAGCGGAAGCAAAUCUGAGAAGGCAGAGGCGCCUGGUGCGUUCACAGGUCCUGAAGUACAUGGUUCCCGGGGCCCGCGUUAUCAGAGGCCUUGACUGGAAGUGGCGAGAUCAGGACGGCAGCCCGCAGGGGGAAGGCACGGUCACCGGGGAGCUGCACAAUGGCUGGAUUGAUGUCACCUGGGAUGCUGGUGGCUCAAACUCUUACCGUAUGGGCGCAGAAGGAAAAUUUGACCUCAAGCUUGCACCAGGGUACGACCCUGAUACAGUGGCAUCACCCAAACCUGUUUCAUCCACUGUUUCAGGCACAACGCAAUCAUGGAGCAGCUUGGUGAAAAACAACUGUCCAGACAAGACCCCUGCUGCUGCAGGCUCCUCAAGUAGAAAAGGAAGCAGCAGCUCUGUGUGUAGCGUGGCCAGUAGCAGCGACAUCAGCUUGGGUUCGACCAAAACGGAACGGAGAUCAGAGAUUGUAAUGGAACACAGUAUAGUUUCAGGAGCUGAUGUCCAUGAACCCAUUGUUGUUCUUUCUUCUGCUGAAAACGUCCCUCAAACAGAAGUAGGGUCAUCUUCCAGUGCAAGCACCAGCACCCUAACAGCGGAGACGGGAAGUGAAAAUGCUGACAGGAAGUUAGGCCCUGAUAGUUCUGUCCGAGCUCCUGGGGAGUCUAGCGCCAUAUCCAUGGGCAUAGUCAGUGUUAGCUCUCCUGACGUUAGCUCAGUGUCUGAUUUAACUAACAAGGAAGCGGCUUCCCAGCGCCCCCUUAGCUCUGCAGCAAGCAACAGACUGUCGGUGAGUUCCUUGUUGGCCGCCGGGGCCCCUAUGAGCUCCAGUGCAAGCGUGCCUAACCUGUCCUCGAGAGAAACCUCCAGCUUGGAGAGCUUUGUGAGGAGAGUGGCGAACAUAGCGCGGACUAACGCCACCAACAACAUGAACCUCAGCCGGAGCAGCAGCGACAACAACACUAACACUUUGGGCAGGACUGUGAUGAGCACGGCAACUUCUCCUCUUAUGGGUGCUCAGAGUUUCCCUAAUUUAACCACGCCUGGCACUACAUCCACGGUGACAAUGUCCACAUCCAGUGUCACCAGCAGCAGCAAUGUGGCCACGGCGACAACAGUUCUGUCAGUGGGUCAGUCCUUAAGUAACACUUUAACCACUAGCCUCACGUCCACCUCUAGUGAGAGCGACACAGGUCAGGAAGCUGAAUAUUCUCUAUAUGAUUUUCUUGAUAGCUGUCGUGCCAGUACUCUGUUAGCUGAGCUAGAUGAUGAUGAGGAUUUGCCUGAGCCUGAUGAGGAAGAUGAUGAGAAUGAAGAUGACAAUCAGGAGGACCAAGAAUACGAGGAGGUUAUGAUUCUGAGACGUCCAUCCCUGCAACGUCGAGCCGGCUCCCGCUCUGAUGUAACACACCACGCUGUCACCUCACAGCUGCCACAGGUUCCUUCUGGAGCAGGCAGCCGACCUAUCGGGGAACAGGAAGAAGAGGAGUAUGAAACCAAAGGAGGACGCCGGCGGACCUGGGACGAUGACUACGUGCUCAAGCGCCAGUUCUCCGCCUUGGUGCCUGCUUUUGAUCCUAGACCCGGUCGGACCAACGUCCAACAGACAACAGACCUCGAGAUCCCUCCCCCAGGAACACCUCACUCGGAGCUCUUGGAAGAAGUGGAAUGCACUCCAUCUCCUCGACUGGCUCUCACACUGAAAGUGACUGGGCUUGGAACAACUCGGGAAGUUGAACUGCCACUUAGCAAUUUCCGAUCGACCAUCUUUUAUUAUGUACAGAAACUGCUUCAGCUGUCUUGUAAUGGCAAUGUGAAGUCAGAUAAACUGAGGCGUAUUUGGGAGCCCACUUACACAAUCAUGUAUAGAGAAAUGAAGGAUUCUGAUAAAGAAAAAGAAAAUGGGAAAAUGGGUUGCUGGUCUAUAGAGCAUGUGGAACAGUACCUUGGCACUGAUGAAUUACCAAAGAAUGACUUGAUAACCUACCUGCAGAAGAAUGCAGACGCCGCUUUCCUGCGCCACUGGAAACUAACUGGCACUAAUAAAAGUAUUAGGAAAAACAGGAAUUGUUCUCAGCUUAUAGCCGCAUAUAAGGAUUUUUGUGAACAUGGAACAAAAUCUGGGUUAAGCCAGGGGGCAAUUUCUACUCUUCAAAGUAGUGAUAUUCUUAAUCUGACAAAAGAGCAACCUCAGGCUAAAGCAGGCAAUGGCCAGAACUCCUGUGGAGUGGAGGAUGUCCUGCAGCUCCUGCGCAUUCUGUAUAUAGUCGCCAGUGAUCCUUAUUCCAGAAUAGCCCAAGAAGAUGGUGAUGAGCAGCCUCAGUUUACUUUUCCACCUGAUGAAUUUACUAGUAAAAAAAUAACCACAAAAAUUUUGCAGCAGAUUGAGGAACCUUUGGCAUUGGCGAGUGGGGCUCUGCCAGACUGGUGUGAACAACUAACCAGCAAGUGUCCUUUCCUAAUACCAUUUGAAACUAGACAGCUGUAUUUCACCUGUACAGCAUUUGGUGCAUCCAGAGCAAUAGUGUGGCUGCAGAACCGACGAGAAGCCACGGUGGAGCGAACAAGGACCACAAGCAGUGUAAGGCGAGAUGACCCUGGGGAGUUUAGAGUUGGUCGGCUCAAGCACGAAAGAGUGAAAGUGCCACGUGGUGAAUCACUGAUGGAGUGGGCUGAGAAUGUCAUGCAGAUCCACGCAGACCGGAAGUCAGUUCUAGAGGUUGAGUUUCUAGGAGAAGAAGCUGGCUUGGGACCCACUUUAGAGUUUUACGCGCUUGUGGCAGCUGAAUUCCAGAGGACUGACUUGGGGACUUGGCUCUGUGACGACAACUUUCCAGAUGAUGAAUCUCGUCAUGUUGAUCUUGGAGGUGGAUUGAAGCCUCCUGGGUACUAUGUACAGCGGUCAUGUGGACUGUUCACAGCGCCAUUUCCACAAGACAGUGAUGAGCUUGAAAGGAUCACAAAACUCUUUCAUUUCCUUGGAAUUUUCUUGGCCAAAUGUAUUCAAGACAAUAGACUGGUAGACUUACCUAUUUCUAAGCCUUUCUUUAAACUUAUGUGCAUGGGUGACAUCAAAAGCAAUAUGAGCAAACUGAUCUAUGAGUCACGAGGUGACAGAGACUUGCACUGUACUGAAAGUCAGUCUGAAGCGUCGACAGAAGAAGGUCAUGACACUCUCUCAGUGGGAAGCUUUGAAGAAGAUUCAAAAUCGGAAUUUAUCCUUGAUCCCCCCAAGCCCAAACCUCCAGCCUGGUUUAAUGGAAUUUUGACUUGGGAAGAUUUUGAACUAGUAAAUCCUCACAGGGCCAGAUUUUUAAAAGAAAUUAAAGAACUUGCUAUCAAGAGGCGUCAGAUUUUAGGCAAUAAAGGUCUUUCUGAAGAUGAGAAGAAUACCAAGUUACAGGAAUUAGUGCUCAAGAAUCCAUCAGGUUCUGGACCUCCACUUAGCAUAGAGGAUUUAGGUUUAAAUUUCCAGUUCUGCCCUUCUUCAAGAAUAUACGGCUUCACAGCUGUGGACCUCAAGCCCAGUGGUGAAGAUGAGAUGAUCACAAUGGACAAUGCAGAAGAGUAUGUGGAUUUGAUGUUUGACUUCUGUAUGCAUACGGGUAUUCAGAAACAGAUGGAAGCCUUUCGAGAUGGAUUUAAUAAAGUUUUUCCAAUGGAGAAAUUAAGUUCCUUCAGCCAUGAGGAGGUCCAGAUGAUUCUCUGUGGCAAUCAGUCACCAUCCUGGGCAGCAGAGGACAUUAUCAAUUACACGGAACCUAAGCUGGGCUAUACACGUGACAGUCCUGGAUUCCUCAGGUUUGUGAGGGUUUUGUGUGGCAUGUCCUCCGAUGAAAGGAAAGCAUUCCUGCAGUUCACCACUGGCUGUUCAACUCUCCCCCCGGGCGGACUGGCUAACCUGCACCCCAGGCUGACAGUUGUCCGAAAGGUUGAUGCUACUGACGCCAGCUAUCCAUCGGUCAACACUUGUGUCCAUUAUCUUAAGUUGCCUGAGUAUUCCUCUGAGGAGAUCAUGAGAGAGCGCUUGCUGGCUGCUACAAUGGAGAAAGGCUUUCAUCUCAACUGAGGUUGGAAUGCAGAAAGGAGACCGCAGAGACAAGUCGAGUGAAGCCUCUUGCUUGGUUUGCGGAGAAGUGUGUGACCCUCACACUAAUGACACCUUGCCUCGUGUCCCACCUCUAAGGCUUUGAGAACAUGUGGAGUAAGUUCCUUAGCUGCUAAUGACAAAGAAAUCCCUUAGCUACCCAGCCAGCAGGGACUCAGCACAGGGAGGGACUGUGCUGCUGCUUUACAAGGGCUCACGUGACUGGAAAAGGUGGUUCUACCUAACUGUUCCACAGAGCAGCCGCCUCUCAGCUCUUCAGUGCUCACUGGAAACUCUAACUGUGUUUGUAUCAAGUUGUCAUCGUUUCAUACUCCGUACACUACAGUUGCCAUCACUGAUCCCCGUUUUGCUGGCUCCUUAGCUCCUUGGUCAAACAUACUGCUUCCUUCCUCCCUUCAAACAUAGAGUGUUAAUGAGCAUCUCAGGCUUUUUCUUUUCCUUUUUAAUGAUGCCUGCACUACCAGAGUAUUCUAGUGUUCUCUAUUGGUUCAGCACAUAAUCAUGCACAGCCUUUUUAUUUCUUUGAGGUGGGAGUUUAUUUUUUGUUCCUAAAUACCAUUCUAUAAAGAUGAAAUUCUAAAGUGUGUUUGUGCAGAUCAAAAAUAAAGAUAUAUUAAGGGAGGGAAACACUGGUCUAGGUGCAAGGCACACUCACAGCAACUUUUAUGCUUGGUUGUCUUUUCUUUGUAUAUUAUAAACAUUUAUUUAACUUGUUGCAGUUUGACGUAAAUUUCUGAUAUGUAUGCUCAACAAUAAUCAUUAAAAUGUUUGCAGCGUAGAAAA